AUGUACUUGAAACCACUCUAUAUUAAUUCUGUUCCUGAUUUCCAAGGAAACUGGAAGGCGAGAGACAACAUGAAGAGUCACCUUUCGUUGGCAUUGAUUGGGGCAUUUGCCAUUAUAGUUGGAGCUCAGACACAAGAAGGAUUCAUCAGUUUGGAUUGCGGAUUACCUAUUGGUGAAUCUCCUUACAAUGAUCCGUAUAAUGGAUUAACAUUCACAUCGGAUUCCAAUUUCAUCCAAACUGGGGAAAGUGGUAAAUUUGAGAAAGAUUUCAACAAAGGAUUCUCACGCCAAUAUUUGACUAUGAGAUACUUUCCAGAGGGAAAGCGUAACUGUUAUAGUCUGGAUGUCAAGAGUGGCACAAAUUACGACAUCUUGGUUAGCUUCGGAUAUGGAAAUUAUGAUGGCCUUAAUCUUUAUCCAAACUUCGAUAUCUAUCUUGGUCCGAAUAAGUGGACAAGAAUAGAUUUGGAAGUAAAACCAAAUGGUAUAAGAGAGGAAAUCAUACACAAAGCUAAGUCAAACUCUUUGGAUAUUUGUCUUGUUAAAACAGGAACAACGGUGCCACUUAUUUCAGCAAUAGAAAUACGGCCAAUGAGAAAUGAUACUUAUGUUACACAUUCUGGGUCACUGAGGCUGUCUCACCGGGAGUAUUAUAGCCGUUUUGGUGAGCAAAUAAGAGACACGAACAUUAGCGGCUCGGGUUGGAUCUUCAUAGACUACACCGGCACGGAGGUACUCCGGGGACAAGCGGCUGAGCGGUUCGUCUCAUCACCUCUGCUAGCCGAAGCUCUCGCUAUCAGAUAUACCCUCAACCACACCUUAGAAGACGGAAUCUCCAAUAUUCUCGUCAAUUCAGACGCUCUGGAUCUCAUCCGAGCCAUCAUCACGCAAGAGAAAAUCAAGGAGAUCUAUGGUCUCCUCUUUGAUAUUCAAACUCUUGCUUCAUUGUUCUCUUUGUUCUCCUUCAGAUACAUUUCUAGAUCUGAAAAUGUAGUGGCGGAUUCAAUCGCCAAAAUCGCCAAGAGUCGUUUGGUCGAUUCAAUUACUAUGCGGAACCCACUGUUGUAG